UGUAUUUCUCUUUUAGCCAUGUGGUUCACACUCCCCACCAGCUGGUGGCGGUAAAGCUCACAUAAAGUUUUUUGCCAACCGCAGUACAAGAACAACGCAACAAGAAGUAGAAGAUCUCCCUGCCCUCUCCAAUAUGGCGGCCACCGUAAUGGCUCUGCUCUUAUUAUGAAGCCCCAGAGGCUGAAGUCCCGUCCCGGAGUUUAGUCUGGGAGUCCGCGGCCCGGGAUGUAGGACCUGGUUCCGGUUCUGGUUCCGGUUCUGCGGUGAGAUGCCUCUGGUCGGAGCAGAACUGGAGCGGCGGACUCUGACGGAGUGCGGAUACCGGUACCCCGCGGAGACUCUGAGGGACCUGCAGUCGGUUCGGGCUCGGUUCGGUGACCUGCGGCUCUGGGUGGACUUCUACUGUUUUCCAAAUAAGGAGCAGAGGAAGCUGGUCCAUCUGUCUGGAACCAUUCCGGUUCUCCAUCAAGACAGUCACUAUAACAUCCCGGUGUGCGUCUGGCUCCAUGAGACCCACCCGCUGUCCCGCCCUCGCUGCUUUGUCUGUCCCACCGCCACUAUGGUGAUCAAUCCAUUCUGUCCUUACGUGGAUUCUUCUGGUACCGUGAGUCUGGACGGGCUCCAGAACUGGACUCCGGGUGUGUCCAGCCUGUCCCUGUUGCUGUCGGAGAUGAGGGCUGCCUUCCAGAAGGACACGCCCCUCUACACCCGCCCUGUGGAAGAAGCCCCGCCCCCUGGAGCUGAGGAGGUCCGCUCCUCCUCUUCGCCACAGAGCCAGCGAACCUCCCAGGGCUCCUCCCUUUGGGCUCCACUCAAAGCCAGCCAAUGGGAGCAGGGAUGCGUCCGCUCAUCGUACACAGAGGAGCUGAUGGGGAUUGACUUCAGUGGGCCUCCUUCCUCCUGCAGCACAAACCCUUUUCUAGGCUCCUCCCCUUCAGGUGUGCCCCCCUCGGAGGCCCUCAGCAGGAUGAUGGGAGGGCUGAGCCUGGAUGGAGGCAGGCUUGGUGCUGCUAGUCCACAGUCAGAACCUGGGACGGGCACCGCCGACCUCAGACAGGUGUCGGCGCGGCUCUCUCCAGAACAGGCAGCUGCCUUCCUGGCUCUGACCACAAUGAAGGGGCGGAGCUUCGAUGUUGAUGAUGUCAUGGAGGCAGUCCAACACAGCCCAAAUCUUCCAGCCGCGCUGAAGUUCCUGACACACACCUGUCCAAUCUGCCGUGAACAGGUGUCCUUCAGCAAGAUGAUCACCAUGACUCACUGCUCCUGCUUCCUGUGCCAGAGCUGCUUCACCUCUUCUUUCUCCGUCGCCAUCAGGGAGCGCAGCGUGGACCAGCUCACCUGUCCGCAGUGCGGCAAACCGGAUCUCAGAGGUCAGAAGGUGCAGGAGGAGUCCAUGGACUACUUUAACCUGCUGGACACACAGAUUCGUCACUUCUUGCCUCCCGACAUCCACGAACUCUUUCAGAGGAAACUCCGAGACCGAGCCCUGCAGGACAUGCCCAGUUUUUGUUGGUGUGCUCAUUGUUCCUCUGGGGUGCUUCAUGAAUCAGACAGGUUGAGGAUGGACUGUCCCAGCUGCAGGAAGAGCACCUGUUCCCAGUGCAGAUCACCAUGGUCAACUCACCAUCAGGGACGGUCCUGUGAUGAGUUUAAGGUGUGGCAGCAGCAGAACCAGCAGGAUGAUCAUCCACCUUCCGUGCUCCAAAACCUUAUCGAAUGUCCCAGCUGUCAGUUUGUCUUCAGCCUGUCAAAGGGAGGAUGUCUUCACUUCACCUGCACCCAGUGUCGCCAUCAGUUCUGUGGCGGCUGCAGACAGCGCUUUUCUCUGGGUUCUGAAUGCAGCUUCUCUGCUCAGUGUGGCUCCAAAGGUCUUCAUGCCCACCACCCCAGGGACUGCCUGUACCACCUUAGAGACUGGAGCGUGAGCCGUCUGCACCAGCUUCUGCAGUAUCACAGAGUAUCCCCUUCCUGGUGGAGACCAUCCCAUGGCAGCUUGACUCCAUCCAGUAUGACAGCAUGUCCGAUGUUAGAGCUACGAGACAACAGCUUUGGGACUAAGGAAGAACCAUGUGGACGACCGGCGCUGUCUGAGUUCGGAGGAUACUGCCAGGGUCACUAUAAAGAGCGACUGGUGGAGCUGAUCAACCAUUGGCGUGUCGACCCAGCAGUCCUUUUCAGUCCUGCAGAGAUGAUUGCAGAACUACAGCGAUGGAACAUUGCCGUGCCAACAAGGAAGCUUGAAGAGCCAGAGCCAGUUUAUGCCCACCGCCUGCGGCUGGUUAGUGAUAUCAUUAUAACCACUGUUUACCUGGACCUAAUUGAGCAGCUGCACACAGUCAUAAUAACAAUCAGCUUUCAAAGAUUCAGCACUUGUAGGAAACACACUCGUAUCUUCCUGAAACCACACCUGAACCUUCCACGAUCCACACCUGGACCAUCCUGAAACCACACCUGAACCCUCCAUGAUUCACACCUGGACCAUCCUGAAACCGCACCUGAACCCUCCAUGAUUCACACCUGGACCAUCCUGAAACCGCACCUGAACCCUCCAUGAUUCACACCUGGACCAUCCUGAAACCGCACCUGAACCCUCCAUGAUUCACACCUGGACCAUCCUGAAACCGCACCUGAACCCUCCAUGAUUCACACCUGGACCAUCCUGAAACCGCACCUGAACCCUCCAUGAUUCACACCUGGACCAUCCUGAAACCGCACCUGAACCCUCCAUGAUUCACACCUGGACCAUCCUGAAACCGCACCUGAACCCUCCAUGAUUCACACCUGGACCAUCCUGAAACCGCACCUGAACCCUCCAUGAUUCACACCUGGACCAUCCUGAAACCGCACCUGAACCCUCCAUGAUUCACACCUGGACCAUCCUGAAACCACAUCUGAGCUAGGGCUGCAACAACGAAUUGAUAAAAUCGAUAAAAAUCGACUUUUAAAAGCGUUGGCAACAAAUUUCAUCAUCGA